CUCUCUCUCUCGUGCACUCUCCAGCCAGCCCCUCUCGCUCGCUCGAUCCGCCGCUCACUUCUGUCUCAAUAUGUCUCAAGAUGGCGGCCAAUGUGGGAUCGAUGUUUCAAUAUUGGAAGCGCUUUGAUUUACAGCAGCUGCAGAGGGAGCUUGAUGCCACGGCGACAGUAUUGGCAAACCGACAAGAUGAAAGUGAACAAUCAAGAAAGAAGCUCAUUGAACAAAGCCGUGAGUUCAAGAAAAACACUCCAGAGGACCUGCGGAAACAGGUAGCUCCAUUACUGAAAAGUUUCCAGGGAGAGAUUGAUGCAUUGGGUAAAAGAAGCAAAGAAGCAGAGGCAGCGUUCCUGAAUGUCUACAAGAGAUUAAUUGAUGUUCCAGAUCCUGUUCCAGCUCUAGAUCUGGGGCAGCAGCUCCAGCUGAAAGUCCAGCGCAUGCAUGAUAUUGAGACGGAGAACCAGAAACUUAGGGAAACCCUUGAGGAAUACAACAAAGAAUUUGCAGAAGUGAAAAAUCAAGAGGUGACCAUAAAAGCACUUAAAGAGAAAAUCCGGGAAUAUGAGCAGACCUUGAAGAACCAAGCCGAGAACAUCGCUCUUGAAAAGGAACAGAAGUUGCAAAAUGACUUUGCAGAGAAAGAAAGAAUGUUGCAAGAGACGCAGAUGUCGACAGUCUCAAAGCUGGAGGAGGCCGAACACAAAGUGCAAACUCUUCAAACAGCCUUGGAGAAGACGCGGACGGAAUUGUUUGACCUGAAGACAAAAUAUGAUGAGGAAACAACUGCAAAGGCUGACGAAAUUGAGAUGAUCAUGACGGACCUUGAAAGAGCAAAUCAGAGGGCAGAGGUGGCUCAGAGAGAGGCUGAAUCCUUGCGGGAGCAGCUCUCCUCUGCAAACAAAUCGCUCCAGCUGGCUACCCAGAUCCAGAAGGCGCCGGAUGUGGAGCAAGCCAUUGAGGUGCUGACUCGGUCCAGCUUGGAGGUAGAACUGGCCGCGAAAGAACGUGAAAUCACUCAGCUCGUCGAAGACGUUCAGAGGCUCCAAGGUAGCCUCACCAAGCUCCGGGAAAACUCCACCAGCCAGAUAUCCCAGCUGGAGCAGCAGCUGACUGCAAAGAACAGCACACUCAAACAACUGGAAGAAAAACUGAAGGGGCAAGCUGAUUAUGACGAGGUGAAGAAAGAAUUAAACAUCUUGAAGUCCAUGGAGUUUGCACCGUCUGAUGGCUCCAGCGCCCAGGAUGCUGCGUCCAAACCACUGGAGGUCCUACUUCUGGAGAAAAACCGUCUGCUGCAGUCUGAGAAUGCCACCCUGCGGAUCACAAACAGUGACUUGAGUGGGUCAGCCAGGAGAAAAGGGAAAGACCAGCCUGAGAAUCAGCGUCCUGCAACUUUGCCAGCCUCCCCUCCUUCUCAGUUGCCCCGCAACGCAGGGGAGCAGGCUUCCAAUACUAAUGGUACUCACCAGUUCUCACCAACGGGUUUAAGUCAAGACUUUUUCAGCUCGUCUUUGGCAAGCUCCGGCUUACCCCUGGCUUCUACAGGAAAAUUUGCACUAAACUCUCUUCUCCAGCGCCAGCUUAUGCAGUCCUUCUACUCCAAGGCAAUGCAAGAAGCAGGAAGCACAAGCAUGAUUUUUUCAGCAGGUCCCUACAGCACAAACUCCAUAUCUUCCCAAAGUCCUUUGCAACAAAGCCCGGACGUCAACGGCAUGGCCCCAUCGCCCAGCCAAUCGGAAAGCACCGGCAGUGCCUCCGAAGGCGAGGAAAUCGACACGGCUGAAAUCGCACGUCAGGUCAAAGAGCAGUUGAUCAAGCACAAUAUUGGACAGCGGAUAUUUGGACAUUACGUUUUGGGGCUCUCUCAAGGGUCCGUGAGCGAGAUCCUGGCUCGGCCAAAACCGUGGAAUAAGUUGACGGUGCGAGGCAAGGAGCCGUUUCAUAAGAUGAAGCAGUUCCUUUCGGAUGAGCAGAACAUCUUGGCGUUGCGCAGCAUCCAGGGCAGGCAAAGAGAGAAUCCAGGCCAGAACCUGAACAGGCUAUUUCAGGAAGUACCGAAACGAAGAAAUGGGUCGGAAGGUAACAUCACCACGAGAAUCCGAACCACGGAGGCAGGCUCCGAUGACGCGAUCAAAUCCAUCUUAGAGCAAGCAAAAAGGGAGCUGCAGGUACAGAAAACAGUUGAGCCUGCUCAGCCCCCUUCUGCCUCCAGCAGUGGCAGUUCUGACGAUGCCAUUCGCUCCAUCCUGCAGCAAGCCCGGCGUGAAAUGGAAGCACAGCAGGCUGCCCUCGAGCCUGCCUUAAAAGCAACCCCCCUGUCCCAAACAGAGAUCUCCAUUUUGUCCCCGAAACUGAUCUCCGCAGCAGCAAUUUCGUCAGUCUCCAGUUAUUCUCCCCUGGCCAUGUCCCUGAAGAAGCAUUCGUCGUCGGUGGAUUCCAGUGUCUCCUCCCUGCAGAACGCCUCUGGACUGAAGAAGGAGGCCCAAGAGGCCCCCAUUCUCGAUCUCCAUGGGAUCUCCGAUUCAACGCAAGGAGUGCUGAGACACGUCAAAAAUGAACUGGGGCGUAGCGGGGUAUGGAAGGACCACUGGUGGAACACUGUGCAGCCUGAGAGGAGAAACGCAGUUCCUCCCGAAGACCCCAAAGUGGAGGAAGCCCCAAGCGGGAAAGAGAAGACCAGUAACCAGUCUCGGUCGGAUCGUGGCCAGCAACUCCAAGGGCCCUCCUCUUCGGACUACUGGAAGGAGUGGCCAAAUGCUGAGUCUCCCUAUUCUCAGAGCUCUGAACUGAGUGUGACGGGGGCCAGUCGCAGCGAGACACCUCAAAACAGCCCCCUCCCUUCCUCCCCCAUCGUCCCUUUGUCAAAGCCAUCUAAACCGUCUGUUCCGCCACUGACCCCCGAGCAGUAUGAGAUUUAUAUGUACCAGGAAGUGGAUACGAUAGAGCUAACCCGUCAGGUCAAAGAGAAGCUAGCAAAGAACGGCAUCUGCCAAAGGAUAUUUGGGGAAAAGGUGCUGGGUCUCUCCCAGGGGAGCGUCAGCGACAUGCUGUCCCGGCCAAAGCCAUGGAGCAAGUUGACACAAAAAGGCCGUGAGCCGUUUAUCCGCAUGCAGCUCUGGCUGAACGGUGAGCUGGGCCAGGGAGUCCUGCCGACCCAAGGGCAGCCUCAAGGCCAAGUCGUUCAUUCUGCGUCGUCGCUGCAAGAUUCCCUUCAGCAGGGAUGUGCAAGCUCAGAAAGCACCCCAAAGACCUCCGCCAGUUGCAGUCCUGCUCCGGAGUCCCCUAUGAGCUCCAGUGAAUCCGUGAAAAGCCUGACGGAGCUGGUCCAGCAACCCUGCCCCGCCAUCGAGACGAAUAAAGAUGGCAAGCUGCAAGAGUCGAGUGAGCCGUCAGCUUCCGAUUCCCAGUCCAUCACUCCAUUGCCCCUUUCUGGCCAUUCAUCACUCAGCAUUCAGGAACUGGUCGCCAUGUCACCAGAACUGGACACUUACGGCAUCACCAAGAGGGUCAAAGAGGUGCUCACGGACAACAAUCUCGGUCAACGUCUGUUUGGGGAGACAAUCCUGGGGCUAACGCAAGGCUCGGUCUCAGACCUGCUGGCUCGCCCCAAGCCCUGGCACAAGCUGAGCUUGAAGGGCCGGGAGCCCUUUGUCCGCAUGCAGCUGUGGCUGAACGAUCCCAACAACGUGGAGAAGCUAAUGGACAUGAAACGCAUGGAGAAGAAAGCGUACAUGAAACGACGGCACAGCUCAGUUAGCGACAGCCAGCCUUCCGAGUCUUCUUCGGCUGGGAUAGAUUACAGCCAGGGGGCCAGCCCUCAGCCGCAGCAUCAGCUGAAGAAACCCCGCGUGGUGUUGGCCCCGGAAGAGAAGGAAGCUCUGAAGCGAGCCUAUCAGCAAAAGCCAUACCCAUCUCCAAAAACCAUUGAGGAGCUCGCCACCCAGCUCAACCUGAAGACCAGCACCGUCAUUAAUUGGUUCCACAAUUACAGAUCUCGCAUUCGCCGAGAGCUAUUCAUCGAAGAGAUCCAAGCUGGAGGACAGAACCAGGCUGGGACAAGCGACUCUCCUUCUGCUCGGAGCAGCAGGGCAGUCCACAGCUCCGAAGGGGACAGUUGCGACGGUGUGGACGCAGAAGGCCCACCCGAAGCCAAGCCAAGAAGCCUGGAAACCGACGAUUACAGCAAUGCAACCACGAAGUCUCAGGGAGGGCGAGCAGCGUCAGCUUUCGAAGCAGGGGAAGAGGCACUGCAAGACGCCGGAUCUUCAGAGAAAACGGAGACAUUCCAUUUGGAAAUGGAGAGCCUGGAAGAUACGGAUGACGAGGGCAGGCCGAAAGCGCCACGUCGGAGUUCUCCAGUGGGCUCUCAGCAUUCCGGAGAAACUCCGGAGACAACGCCAAACUCUGCUCCGGAAGAGGAUGCCUCUACCUCAGCUGCCUCCACCUCGGUCCUUCCGGGGGAGAGCUCCUGCAAGUCGAAGGAGGAAGGUAUGGAGAAAAUCCCCAUUGUGCCAAGUACCAGUUCCACGCCAGCCGCCGGCACUCAGAAAGCCAACUCUCUUGAGAGUUUGUUCGGCUUUCCCGAGGCGGCGUGCUCCAGAAACACACGGGACAACACCCUGAGGAAAAAGAAGGCAGCAAAUUUGAACAACAUAAUCCACCGCUUGGAGAAGGCCGCGAGUCGAGAGGAGCCGUCCGAGUGGGAGUUUUGAGAUUACGCUCACCCAACUCUUGAGAGCUGGGGAAGUUGAAAACUUGGACCUCUGCUGGUUUUAAUUGUGUCCCGCACUUACCGCCCUGCAGGCCACGGGGCAAAAAAAAAAACGCCAUAGGCCAAGGUGCAUAUAUCGAACGAAAGGAGCGUUUCAGCCCAGUUUAUGUUUUUUUUGUGUGUGUUUUCGAGGAAGAAAACUGAAUUGUGUAGUCAAGCUCUUUUGUACCCCGAAGUGUUUUUCUUAAUUGCCCUAAAGUGAUUUCCACCAUUUCUGGGGGAAAAAAACUCAUACAGCUUUUGCCUUUUGCCCUCCGCUUUGGUGUGGGCUUUAAAACAAACAGAAAAAAAAUUGUACAAUACAAGAAAAAAAUCAAACCCACAUAUUUAAAAGGGGGCUUUUUAUCCGCCAUCUAAUGGCUAAACAGAGUGAUAAUACACUAUUAUCUUCUUGAACCAGGAAAAAAAAGUUGGAAGGGGAGAUUGCGGGGGGGGGAGGUUUUUUUGUAGCGGUUCAGUUGCCACUAAGAGAUUGCACAGUCAACCAGACUCUAAACACACUAGUUUGAAUUCCUAAAUAUUUUCAAGAAAAGAAUAUUGUUUGAAACUUGGGAUUUAAAAAAAAAAACACAUUUACUCCACAUAUUUUUUAAACAAAACAAAAAAAGUCACAUCAGGAAAAAUAUCUUAAUUUGUGGUAGCUGACUUCAGUGUGUUUUUUCUUGUAAAGUGGAAUAGAAAAUUGACCUUGUAGUGCACAUUGUUUCAUAGCUUUAACCGAUUCUGGCCUCUUUACAGGCUGGGAUUUGUUUAAUACACUCCAUUUUAGGCCAAAUCAGGACAGGAAAAAAAAAAGAAGAAAAAAUAAUUCUGAAAUCUAGGUAUUUUAUAAUCUGCUUUUUAACCUCUAACCACAGAGCACGCAGAUCAGACCUCAUUUGUAGGAGGUUUGGGAGACAACUUGGAACGGGGACGUACUUGGUCACUUUCGGUUUGAGUUGUUCAGAGACGGCCUUGCAAAUGGGUUCAUGCAAGUUACUAGUCCACAGGACAUUUUUUCCAGACCAUAUGUAUUUAUGUUAGUCAUUGGUGCCCUAUGGGGCUGGGGGCAGAACACCAGCUUUUGAAGGGGGGAAAUGGAAUUUGAGAGGCUUUUUAUAAACCUACGUUAUACAUAAUUUGUUUUCAAUCGUUGAUGAAAAAAGAGAUUGAGUGGAGGUGUACCUUGGAAGUGAGAAGCAUUUACAAUGGUUUACAUCUUGAUAGGAGCUCAUCUCAUCAACUGCCAUGCACUUCCCUUAUUGGCAUGUCUUAACAGAUCUUGCCUGCCACCAGGAUAAGAAUGAGGCCUCUUUCAGCCAAUACUUUUCCACCACUUAAUUACUAAAUCAUGGACGCUGGUCCCACAGCAAGCACUGAUUUCUGGGAAUGGUGGCAGGGGCAGAGUACACGGCACUUGAUUGUCACGGGUGAAACCACAGAACUCCAAAAGGAUAUGUUGGCAUCCCCUCCAAAGCCAUCACGCCCCCUCCCAAUCACCACCUCUUCCAAAGGCUGAUCACAGUACUGGUCCAGAUUCCAAUGUGUCUCCAAUGCCUCCUGUUGUCUACGUGUGUAUAUGCGUGAGCAUAGAGGCGCAUGGAAGGACGAGUGCACGUGCGUGUGUGUGUGUUUGUGUGUGUGUGCAAUUUUAUACGUCUGUAUUUUCUUACGUACUUGUGCACGCAUAGAGUGCAUUUACUGCCACCUGUUUUCAAUAAGCUGUUUUAUCAGUUAUGGCUUCUACAAGUUUUUGCUGACUUAGAUUCCUUUUAUUGCCAUAUCUUUAAAAACUAACAAUAGAUGAUUUCGGUAUAUAUAUAUUUUUUUUGCUUAUUUAUAGGUGCUGUAUUUUAUUAUCUGAUUGUUAGGAAGGGAUGGAAAGGGGCAAAUAUUCUUUAGAGGGAUAGACUGCCGGCAGUAUUUGGGUAUAAUUUACAAGAUGUAGUUGUCAGACUGUAUAUUGUUGAUGGGCAAUUUUUUUUCUGUUUUCUUUUUGUUUGUUUGUUUUGGGCCGUAUUGUGUAUCAUGGAAAAACUUUGUCUUAGGUCAACAUCUUCUGAUGACACUUUAAU